CGGGUUCUGGCGGCUCGCAAAUCAGCCUUUUUACUAAAUUCACUUGGGAAAUUCCAGGAAUCAAGCUCCAUACUCGAGUAUGCAGUUAACUUGAUGCCAAGUGUCAAUCUACAAGCCUUAAAACGAGAUGACCAGCAGCAUAGACUGUCGGAACUCUCAGGGCUUGCGUCAGAUGCUGCUUCUAUGGCUCUUCGGGCCGGGAGAGAAGCGUACGAUAGUCUCAAGUUAUUGGAACUUGGUCGUGGGAUUAUGAUGGGCUUUUCAAUCGACUCAAGAUCUGAUGUUUCGGAUCUUAAAACCGACCACCCGCUCGAAUAUGACCAAUUUCACCGUCUUCGAAUUGAGAUUGACUCUGCGAUGAACGAAACAAGCUACGGGGGCGAUGGAAUACCGGAUCAAGGUCAAAAUCGUUCUACAUCCCAACGUUGGGAGGCUGUCAAUGAAAUGGAAGCUAUCCUAGCACGCAUCCGUAUGUUACCUGGUUAUGGUGGAUUCCUUCUCCCACCUUCCCAGGAGGCUCUUAAGGAUAUGGCAGUAGAUGGCCCCAUCGUUGUCUUCAACAGCACUCUUUACGGGAGCCACGCCAUAAUUGUCACCACCUCCGCUAUAACUUCCUUAGAACUUCCGGAACUGAAUCACGAAAAAAUAGACCACUGGAUGAAGCAAUUGGCUAGUUUUGGGGAAUCAUGGGGGAUUAAGCGGGGCCAGUAUAAUAAACAGAUGAAAGACCUCCUCGUGUGGUUAUGGGAUGCAGCCGUAGGGCCUGUUUUUGAUGACCUUGAACGCAGCGGGACGAUUGUCAGCAAGGGUGCUCAUGACACUAAUCUGAAGCGAAUUUGGUGGAUUGGGACCGGACAAUUAAGCAUGGCACCUUUCCAUGCAGCUGGUGACCAUUCGCGAGGGUCAACCCGUAACACUUUAAGCCGGGCCAUCUCAACAUAUAUUCCGACAAUCAAAGCCCUCAAUUAUGCACGUCAAGCACAACUUCAACUAUUCGGCGGGCAUAGGGUUCUACUUUCAGGGGAACACACCAAAAAAGCCGAAAUUGCCGAAAAGCGGGAUCCCCGCUUACUUCUCGUUCCUAUGCCGAAAACACCCGGUAAGACAAGUUUACCAGGUGUCGAUAAAGAAGUUCGAUAUUUAGUUGAUUCCACCUCUAAAAUUCCAAUUGAGACCACCGUAUUGAGCAACCCAACACCAGCCGAAGUCCUCAAGCAAGCUCAGCAACAUGACAUUGUCCACUUUGCCUGCCACGGAGUGUCCGACAUGAACCCUUCAAACAGUCACCUGGUUCUGCUCACGCCGGAUGGAAAUGAUGCAGAUAAGUUGCUAGCUCGAGAUAUAUCGAAUAUGGUUGCACAGAACGCGCAGCUUGCGUAUCUCUCCGCCUGCUCCUCGGCCAAAAACCAAUCCACCGAAUUAGCCGACGAAGUCAUACAUCUAGCCAGUGCAUUUCAGCUUGCAGGGUUCAGCCACACUCUAGCAAACCUAUGGGAAACUGGUGACCACCCUUCCAGUGAAGUCGCAAGAGAUUUCUACAACUUUCUUUUCCAAUAUCAAGGAAACGGCAAUGAGCACCGAUGGGUCUCUGAAGCUUUUCAUAAAGCUGUGAAGAAAUUUCGGGAC